UAUCCAGCGCAGAUCAAGUGUUUGAGUCUAGUUUUAAAAUAUUUAGUAAAUCAAAAAAAGUUUUUGCUUAACUUUUAAUAUUUUGAGAUAACUUUUAAUAUAAUAAAUUCCUUUACUUAAAUUAAAUUAAAAUGAGGAAUACAGUACUACAUUUCGUAAUUUUGACUAUUUUGUUACAAAAAUCGGACUCCAAGUCUAUAAAAAAUUUGGACAUCGGCAUCAACGUUGACGAAAUUGAGAAUGGGACAACUUAUAAAUUAACGAGCAUGAGUGACGGCUUGGUUAUUACCGUGUUACCGGAUGGGACCGUGGUCUCGGAUGAAUGGAAAGGUCUCGAGGAACAAAAGUGGACCAUAUUUGAGCAUCCGAGCGACAUAUUUGCCGUGUUAUUUGUCAAUUACGCCGUUCCUUUCAAUGACUUCAGUGGUUAUGAAAAAUUGGAGGGGGAAACUCGUCCCAUAUUUCCGAAUCCUCUAUACCUGAAUAACCACAGAAUAAUGGCAGAUCUGAAAAAGAAUGUCAUCGUUGGAAACGAGGAAGACGUCCCAUGGCAAAUACUGGUAGACAAUCGCUGGUGUUUGCAAAAUGUUGGCCAAUGUGAACCAUUUGUCCCAUAUGAAUGCGAGAUUGAUCCGGCUCCAUAUCAAUUUUGGGAACUGGAGAUUGUUCAAUGACGAUUUGGCUUGAUCUCAUUACAUGAUAUUUUUUAUAUUUAUACAAUAUUUGCAUAUGUAACAUGAUAUUUUUAUCUCGAUAUAACAUUUAUUUAACACGAUAUAGUAUUUAUUAUGUAACGUAUACCAUUGUGAGGCAAAUACAUAUAUAUAAAUUGAAAAAAUUAUUUCGUAUCCUAGUGAAUAAUGCAUCAGCAUUAAAAACCUACUAUAUAUUUAUGUAGGUGAGAUGUCGACUUCACCUUGACAAAGUGGGAAACCAAUUUAAUUAAGGCUAUAAAUAAAUUUAAUUUUAAUAGUCUUGUACCACAGAA